UAAAAGGGAAGCCUCCCAUCAAAGGAAAGAGCUUCAAAAUAUGCACCAAGAUGCACGACUAUUUCCUCGCUGUAGACUGUUUUCCACAGAAGAAAAUCUUUUUUUUACACAAUUCCUUGGAGCCACCCUUGGGCCGAGUCUGAGCCCGACGAUAAACAUUGACCUUUGGCGUCCUGGGGUGCAAAUACCUUACACAAGAACCUUGCCGACACCCAAAAGGUAUCGUACACGUCUUGCCAUCCUCCAGGGUCGAGCACCAUACGCAUACGCAUCACCGCAAGUGGCCUGCCAUGGCUUCCGACGCGCUCGUCGACGGCCGCAAGCCAGCUGGCGGCCCUGGUGAGACGGUGGAUAAAUCGUCGUCGGCGGCCGAAGGCGUUCCUGCUGCCACCGCCGCCGCCGCCGACGUGGAAAAGCCCGAGGAGGAGGAAGAAUUUGAGCGCGGCUUCCGUUUCUGGACCAUAAUCAUCGGCCUAGGCAUUACUACACUACUGGCCUCGCUCGAGCACACGGUCGUCACGACGGCGGGCCCCUACAUCCUGCAGGACUUGGAGCUGAGGGAGAACUUUAUCUGGAUUUCCAAUGCCUUUUUUAUUUGCAGCACCGCCUUUACGCCCCUCUUUGGUCAGCUCUGCAACAUCUUCGGCCGGCGCUGGGUGUUCCUCGCCAUCGUUUCCAUCUUCACGUUGGGCAGCGGCAUCUGCGGCGGCGCGACGACGGGCGGCAUGUUGAUCGCCGGGCGGGCGGUGCAGGGCGUUGGGUCCGGGGGUAUCGUGCUGACGGUCAACAUCUUGGUCUCGGACCUCUGCCCGCUGCGCAAGCGCGGCCAGUACAUGGCUGUGAUCCUGGCCAUCUUUGGAAUCGGCAUGGCCAUCGGCCCCUUUGUCGGCGGAGCCGUCGCCGAGCACUCGACGUGGCGCUGGGUCUUUUAUGUCAACCUGCCCAUCGGCGGUGUGUCGCUCGUCACCAUGUUCUUGUUCCUGCACGUCUCGUACCACGACGACCGGCCCCUGGGCGAGAAGCUGCGGCGCAUUGAUCUCGUUGGCAAUCUUAUUCUCAUAGCCGGCACUGUGGCCAUCCUGUACUCGCUCACGUACGCCGGUACCAUCUACGCGUGGGACUCGUGGCACACGCUGGUGCCGCUGCUGCUGGGGUUCCUGGGAUUGGGCCUGUUCGCGGCGUUCGAGGCAAGUGGCAUCGCGCCUGAGCCCGUCAUGCCGGUGCGCCUUUUUGCCAACCGCACGUCCAUUGUCGUACUCAUCAACACAUUCCUCAACUCGGUCGUCUACUUUUGGUGCCUAUACUUCUUGCCCGUCUACUUUCAGUCGGUGGCCCUGUACUCGCCCGAGCGCGCGGGCUAUUCACUGCUCCCUCAAGCCGUUGCGGGCAUCCCGGGGGCCAUGAUCGCGGCCAUAUCGCUGUCGCGCUGGGGCAAGUUCAAGCCGAUCCACCUGAGCGGCUUCGCUCUGACGACACUGGGCCUGUGCCUGCUGUCAUUGCAGGACGCCGACACGUCCAUACCCGAGUGGGCCGUGUUCCAGAUUGUGAUCGCGCUGGGCAUCGGCAUGGUCAUCGACACGCUGCUGCCGGCCUUCCAGGCGCCCGUGUCCGAAGCCGACCAGGCGGCCGCCACUUCUACUUGGGGCUUUAUCCGCGCCUUCGGUGCCAUCUGGGGCGUCGCCAUCCCCGCCGUCGUCUUCAACAACCGCAUCGACGAAAUCCUGGAUUCCGUGUCCGACCCCAGGGCCCGCGGCCUCUUGGGUGGCGGCGGCGCCUUCCAGCAGGCCUCUGCCACGUUCGUCGAGCAGUUUCCGCCCAACGUGCAGACAGAGAUCCGCUCCCUGUAUGCGAAUGCCCUGCACCGCGUCUUCUGGAUUGGCGCUAUAUUUGCCGGGGUCGCCACUGCCCUCGUCCUCAUCGAGCGCGAGGUCCCGCUUAGGAAGCAGCUCGAGACGGAGUACGGGCUGAAGAAGGAUGUCGGCAAGGGUGCGCAGCCCGACGCCGAGAAAGGCAUCAACUCGGGCGACUGAGUUUGUUCAUGGGGUGUUGGCGCCAAUGAAGAACCAGUCUUACCGAGCUUGGAGGCUAAAUCAGGAGAUAGGGAUCAAUCGGCGUUGUCAUUGAGAACAUUUCCUCCACAACGUGCCUACCUUAAUUCCUAGUUGCAUGUAGAUAGAUGUUCGGUGUUCGCCACAUUGCCGGCUUGGCGCAUGCGAUUCCUGCUCGAAUUGUUCGUAGUCAGCUUGCCAGUUUUGGCGUUUCGGUUUGUGCGCCCCUGAGCUCUCCAGGGAUUUGUUCCCAGCCGAGCCCACAACAUGCAUCCUAUUAUUCUUAAUCCCGUUCAAUUACUACCUCGGUGAUUCAGCCGCAGACUCAGUGUUAGUAUUGUUGUUGGCAUUUUUCAUGUUUCAUUGAUCAUCAGUCGUUACC